CGAAGCAGCAACGUUGGACAGUUUCCAUUCUCGCCAACUUGAACACUUGUCCAUACUUCCACACGUUUUUCGAACGCCUCAAUCAAACGGACUUAGAUAUACAGAAUCAAAACUGCGAUUUCUCCUUGUUCUUCGUUGGACUGCAAGCCUCCAUUGGCAUCGCUGCUGAGUGCCCGUCUGGGGAGCGGACCAGCAUUUUAAAGCAAACCUUUCAAAGACAUUUAAUUCCUGUCACGUCCUAGCUUCUCCUAUUUGCCUCACCACGAGAGAAAGAGAAGAAGAGUGAGGUUUAAUGAGGGCGACAUGGCGAAAAUCACCGUCACUUAAAGUGUUCCGCCAGCUGUGCUUUUAAUUCCGUCGCACCGAUCAGAUGCAGUAAAAGAGCUCUCGAUGUUAUGUGCUUGACUGAUUUUGGAGAAAGGAUGUUCUGGAUAACUCUACUAAGUACUAUUGCACUUGGAUGGACAACUCCAGUUCCACUGCUGGAUGACUCUGAAGAAAUAGAUGAGCCUUGUUUUGACCCUUGCUACUGUGAGGUGAAAGAGGGUCUGUUUCAUGUUCACUGCGAUAGCAAAGGAUUUACAAAUGUUAGCCAAGUGGCCCAAUCCUGGCUGAGGCCCUUUAAACUCUACCUACAGAAAAACUCCUUGAGGAAGCUUUAUUUCAACAGCUUCCUGCAUUUGAACAAUGCUGUUGCCAUUAAUCUUGGGAAUAAUGCCCUGCAGGACAUCCAUGUUGGAGCAUUCAAUGGCUUGAGCUCUCUAAAGAGACUUUAUCUGCAUGAAAAUAAGUUGGAAGUGUUUCGAAAUGACACGUUCCUUGGGCUGGAGAGCCUGGAAUACCUCCAAGCUGAUUACAACGUCAUAAAGAAAAUAGAUAGUGGAGCAUUCCGGAACCUUCACAAACUCAGAGUUCUGAUCCUCAAUGACAAUUUGAUACCUGUACUGCCAACGUUCCUAUUCAGAUCAGUGUCUCUGACACACCUUGACUUGAGAGGUAACCGGUUGAAGACACUGGCCUACAAGGGUACUUUGGAAUACAUUGGACGUAGUCUGAUGGAGAUUCAGCUGGAGGAGAAUCCUUGGAACUGUGUCUGUGACAUCAUACAGUUGCAAACCUGGCUGGAGAGGAUACCCUACACUGCAGUGGUUGGGGAGAUCACCUGUGAGUACCCCUUCCACCUCCAUGGAAAGGACCUUAGAGAAAUUAAGCAUACGGAACUUUGCCCUAUGCUAAGUCAAACAGAGGAGGCAAACUCCGCGAUACCUCAGAUAACAUUCUACACAAGCAGGGUGAGGCCAACCAAAUCCUCAUCUGUAGUCUCCCCUAGCCAGAACACUUUUUCCUCUGUGGAACAAAGGGAGAGGCCUUCAAAGCCAACAAAAAGACCAAGGCCAUCUAAGACUCUACCUACUCUACGCAGUGUAUUCCCGAAUCAGCCACCAAUUGCUGCAUAUCAGACCAGGCCACCCAUACCAAUCAUUUGCCCCAUUGGAUGUAGCUGUAACUUACAUAUUAAUGACCUUGGUUUGACUGUCAACUGCAAAGAAAAUGGAUUUCGCAAUAUUUCUGAGCUAAUGCCAAGACCGCUGAAUGCUAAAAAGCUUUAUCUGAGUGGGAAUCUGAUCCAGAAAAUUCACAAGUCUGAUUUCUGGAAUUUUUCUAGUUUGGAUUUGUUACACUUAGGAAACAACCAAAUAUUUUAUGUUCAAGAGGGUGCUUUUGUCAAUCUGCCCAAUUUGAGAAGCCUGUAUUUAAAUGGGAAUAACAUUGAAAAGCUAACUCUUGAUAUGUUUUAUGGCCUUCUGAGUGUACGCUACUUAUAUUUUGAAUACAAUGAAAUCAGAGAAAUUCAGCCAGCUGCCUUUAGCAUGAUGCCCACACUUCAGCUGCUCUUUCUGAAUAACAACCUGUUGCAUACUCUCCCUAUAGGAGCAUUCGCAGGCACUUCACUCACACGUCUCAACUUGCGCAAUAACUAUUUCCAUCAUCUGCCAGUGAGUGGGGUUCUGGAGCACCUGCAUGCUGUUGUCCAGAUAGACCUGAACCAAAAUCCCUGGGAUUGCUCCUGUGACAUCAUCCCUCUUAAAGAGUGGUUAGACACCCUCAGCUCAGUGGUCAUUGUAGGGGAGGUGCUGUGUAAGACCCCAGAGGCUAUGUCUGGGAAGGAUUUACGCACUCUCACAACUGAGAGCAUUUGUCCUGAGCUUUUGCAAACUUCCCUAUCUCCAGAGGAGUGGAAGAAACUCACUACCUCAUUUCCUGCGACAGGGCUGCACCCACCAAAAGGGGCCAUCCCUCUGUCUGUGCUCAUCCUCAGCCUUCUGGUUCUAUUUGUGUCUGCGUUCUUUGCUGCUGCAGCAUUGUGUGUGUAUGCUCUGAAGAAGCGUGAGAAGCUCCCCUUCAGGAGACAGGGGGAGAUGGGCUUGACAGGCAUACAGAUGGAGUGUGGGAUAUUCACAGAGUCUCCGUCCACUCUGCCUGAGACUCCACCCUCCAACCAUGUGUAUGACUGCGUUGCCAUGCGUUCCUCACACAUGUGCAAUAACUCCAUUUACAAGAACAGGCUAGAUGGAGUUGAGCUAAAGCAACCACUUUCAGAGCCAAGCAAGAGUGGCUCAAAUUACAGAACACUACUGGACAAAGAGAAGGAGUGGACCAUGGCUAUAAGCAGCUCACCCAUCAACACCAUAGUACCUGUGGGGCCCACAUGCACUGAUUUUGCUAGUUUGCAUGAAAAUGGAAUACUCUGUCCAACAGUGAUUGACAGCCAGGGUCCCACGCCAAAGGUGGGGUAUGUAGAGAGCCUUUUUGGAACAACCUCUCAGUUCAGUGACAUGCCUGAUACACAUGCACACCCUCCCCUGGAUUACUCCCAGACUGACACUAGACAAAAACAAACUCUCACAAUCAAUGAUGGGACAAGGACAGGCUGUUCUAAUCAAAUCCACAGUGAUUACCCUGAGCUGAGAGUUAGACUGAAAACCAAGAUGGAUUACACUGAUGUGCUGGAGAAGUCAUAUCAGUUCUAAAAUACAACAGACAAUGGAAUAAAUUAAUAAAAUGAACAAAAAAUAGUAAGACUUAAAAUGAACUUGAGCAAUGCUGUUUUCCCUCUAGUUGCUCUGGAAGACAUUGUGUGCUAAGAUUUUGUAUUAAGUGCCUUCAAAUGAGCAUCCAGCAAUGUUGUAAAUUAUUUUUUAUGCUCAGUUUUAUUUAUCUAAACAUAUUUAGAAUAGAAGAGAAAAGUGCCAUCAUCAUAUUCUACAAAUGUUUGUCUGCUAAAGGAAAAAAACAAGCAAAUUUUGGGUUUAUGGUGUGGAUUAUGAUAAGAAAUGUCUUUGACUGCUGAGGAAAUGGUUUAUUCAAUUUUAAUGCAGUGUGUGUGGGCUUGGCAUUUAACUUGUUUCAUAAAAAUGUCUAAAAUAUUUUUUCCAAACUAAAAAUGAUCUUUCAGCAAUAGAGAUGAAUAACUGCAGUUAUUGUAUAACUAUUAAGUGUGUUGUUGAAUUUCACAAAGAGAAGCUCAUUUAACAGUAUUAAGGAUCAUCAUAAGGACAAGAUAUGCAAACCAACAAAACUUUUGGAUUUUUUGAUUCCAAACAAGAGGGUACCAUUUUAUAACGGAUCUUUCAGAAUCUAUAAGGAAAGUGUGCAUAUAUUUAUUCUUAAAUUUCAGUGUUGCAAUUAUUACUGUAAAUCAUGUUCAAUCAGUGUAUAAUAAUGGUUAUGCUCUGGAUUUAGCUUUUCUUAAAAAUGUCAAUAAAGGGAACUAAAAGAAGUCAUGGCACAUGGCAGUACCAUGACUGGUGACAUGGACAAUAUGAACACAUUGAAGUAGGUCUUUCACACAGUAGAUACUCACACACAUUCACACAAAGCGUGCUAUAUACCUCUGCUCAGAAUAGACACAUUUCCAAAGAGAUUCAGGUUUCACAUGGUUUUUGGUUACUCCUAAUUUACACAACUCUGAAAACCAUCAGAUAUCAUUAAA